CUCUAUCACUGAAUUAUAUGUCCAACCCUAUUUUUAAACUUUUAAAGGCAUAUCUAGAGUAAUCUUUAUUUUAUCACUAAGUUGUGACCCUAUUGUGACCUCUAUUAAAUGUCUCAGGUCUUCACAGAGGCCUCUUACCCAGGCUAAUGGGAACUGAAAAAAAUUCCUAACCCUAUGAGCCUAGGAAUUACUGAGAUGAAUUGUGGAAUCUGUUGAAUGAUUGGAUGUAAGUGGAUAAGAGAUGAAGAGAAAUCACUGGAUGGAUCAUGGCAUCAUUCAACAAUAAAAGAAAUUCUGGGAAGGAGGAGAGCAAGAAAUGACUCCAUGUCAAACAUAUUUCAUUUUAGGAGGCUGCAAGACAUGUUAGUGGAGAUAUUGACCAAAACCUUGGAUAUGUGACUUGCAAUUCAGGGAAGAGAUCAAAGCCAGAGCAUAGAAUUCAGAGUAAUCAAUAAAUAACAAUAAAUAACAGCUAAACUCACGCAACAGUUGAAACCUAAAUGAGAGAAUGAGAUGUCAUGGGAGAUUAUAAAACAUGACUAACAAUGGAAAAUCCUCUCAAACAUGGGUAGAGGGGGCACUCGUGAAGAGAAAGAAGAGAAGGUAGAAAAAGAAAAAAGAGAAGGUAAAUGGUGAGAAAACCAGAGAAGAGCCAGGAGAUGGAGGCAUCAUGGAAACUAAGGGAGCAGAAUUUCAAGGAGGCCAUGGUCAACACUGCCAGAUGAUCCAGACCAAUGCCAUAAGAUUAAAAUGGAGAAUGUCUCCCAGAGUUAGUACCUGCUGAGGGUCUCUAGUAGUCUUGGAGGUAGGAAGCAGGUUUGGUGACCCAGGGAAAGUGGAAGUCAAUGAGAAGACAAAUGGAGGUAAGGACGUGGGAAAAAUGUGUCAACUCCCCUUUCUAGAAAGGAAGGUUAGUGACACAAAGAUUAGUAAUGGAGCCAUAGCCAAGGGAGCUGCAUGGAAAAGAGAGACAUUUUUUUCUGGAUAGGAGAGAAUUUGGCAUGUUUAUGGGCUCAGAGGAAAGGCCAGCAAGAAGGACAAUGGAAUAAAGUCCUCGGAAGAGAAAAUAGGAAUGAGACCCAUAGCACUGGGAGAGUUCUCCGAGUCUGCAGUUAACAGGGGGCAAAGUUACUUACCACUGGCAGAAAAGACAUUAUUCCCAGUUCUAUUCCCAUGUUAAAGGCAGGAAAAAGAAGCCCAGAGGAAAUGCCUCAAAACAAUAAAGUUCGGGGCUUGGUGGAAGAGCUCCUACCCCAAUUCCUGACCACCUGACUUUCUGUCUCAGAAGAUUCCCAUUGUAUCAGGGUUGACCACUCCUACAGAAACCUAGGAAAGUUGGAUGUCUGCGUUCCAGAGAAGGGAAUGCAAGGGAAGGUCUCAGGGCACAUUCUGGGAAGGGGUGGCUGUCAGGAGAGGGAUUGGGGAAGAGAGAGCAAAGCCAGGAGGAAAGCAAAGACAUCUCCACCCAGGCAGCAGCUGCUCCCAAAUAUGUCACAACUUGUCAAAGAGGCAGAAAUAGAAGCAGUCCAGGGAGUGGAAGGGGGUGGAGUGGCAUGCUAUGCUUUCUGAACCCACAGAGAGGGUGGGCAGGGGAUGACAGGGAAGCGAGGGGGACAGGUGAGAUGACCGAGUCCAGAGGCGAGGCAGUUCUAGACGGGCUGAAAUGGGUGCAGAGAACCAUCUGGUUGCCUUUCAGUGAGGUUGAGUAUGGGGCAGAAGUGACAAUGGGACAAAACGUCUCAGGAAAACCUGCCCUCUCUGAUCUUACUGUCUAUUCUCCAAGCCAGGGCUAAGCCUGGUUCAAACAGCCCUCAAAACAGGCCACCAGCUAGAGGUGUGGCUCACUGGUACAGCACUUUCCUAACAUGCAUAAGGCCUUUGAUCCCCCAACCCCGAAAAAAAACCCCACCUCAAAACAGUCCUCCUACCUCAGCCCUAUAAGUUCAUCCUCCAGACCCAUAUACUAAGUCAUAAAUAAAGGGGCCAUUUGGAUCUUCAACCCAGCAUCCUAGUUUACAGAUGAGCAAACUGAGAACCAGAGAGGAGACACCGCAGCAACAUGCCCUGACUCCUUCUCCUGGUUCCUUCUUCCACUUUCCCUUAGUUUCCUGGCAGUAUUUGUCCUAACCAGAAGCUGAAGCCCACGAGGACCUGGUAUACUCAUAAUCCUCACCCAUAUUUCCCCACUGGACCCAAAUACACAGGGUCAUAUGCCCUGUGCUGGUUCUUGGUUUUUUUUUUUCUUUGUACCAGGGAUCGAACUCAGGUCCUUGCGCUUGCACAGCAGGCGGCGAAACCACUGAGUUAAAUCCCUGGCCCUGUGCUGGUUAUUUUUACAAAACAGCUCUCUGCUUUCCCCACCAAUCCCCUCUCCUUGACCCCCACACUCCUCCAACCCAAACUCUUCCACCUCCAGGCCCCACAUUCCCCCAUCCCAGAGCCUGAGAUUCUUGAGGAUGAUCCCAGCUCUGAGUUCCAGAUUCCAGACAGGGAUGGGAUUUCCCAGUGGUUACUUGAUGCUCAGUCUCCAAUGGAAACAAUAUGGCCCAGAGGCCUGAGCCGCCUCCCUCUUCCCCGCCUCUCAGUCCUGGUCCCACCUGCCUCCAAAUCUCUCCUCCUGUCCCAGCGCUCAGGCUCCUCCUGGCCCCUCCUAUGUCUCCUUUUCCUCUCUCCAUCACCACUUCUCGGGCUGUCUCCUUGAACUUGUCAUUAAAACUCUCGGUCCCCUGCCUGUCUGCCUGUCUGUGGCCCCACACCCACCUGGAAAGCAAGUGGCCACCUGCUAUACCCUUUGUCACCUGCUGGUCUCAGAAAGGGACAGAGGGCACCUGGGUUCAUCCCCAAGGCCUAAGCUCAGGCUGCCCAAGAGCAGAUGCCCUUCCCAGUUCUGACACUUCACUGAAUCCUUGAGAAAGUCAUGUCCCUUCCUGGGCCUCUUUCCCAUGUGUAGGAGGAAGGUGGACUAACUGAUCCUAGACUGCCUUGCAGCUCUAUUCUCACCCUGCUGCAAAACUACUGCCUCAAAAAUAGUCAAGGCUGGUUUGCAUGUCAUCUAUGGUUUAUGCAUCUAUGUCCUAUUGAAAUGCACAGCCAACCCCCAUCUAAUCCUCAGCAGUAAUACUGGAACUCAGCCCAGGAAAACAAAAGGUGGAUCCUGUUUUAAAAAGCCAGAGGAUUCCUCCCUUCCAGACCCUCUUGUUCCUAAGCAUGGAGACUGCAGAAUGGGAAUCUUGCUUUGAUUUUAGCCAAGCUACCUGGCAGCCCAGGUUAGCCCACCUACAAGGUCUGCAAGGACUACAAGAAGCUGGAUGUCAGACAGCUGUGACUGGGUGUGCAGCAGAAAGGGAAGGAGGGAGUCAGCAGCAGGUGAAGGGGGUUUCUGAAAUCCAAUGCUACCAUGCAAAUGAGAUCAGCCCAACAUACAAAUAGACUCAAGUUGAGAUGGGAGGGGGCAUCAGCCUGGCCCUGAAGCCCCAACGGGGCACGAGGGCUUCCUCUAGAAGGAGCAGGACUACUGGAGGAGGAGGCUAGAGUCCGGCAGGGGCCCCUGUGUGCCCAGGCAGCAGGGGUGGGGAUUAGGGCCGGACGCCCUGCUGUCAGGUUGGAGCUGAUGGAUCGCCGCUGGUGGCGGAGCACAAAGGCUGUUCUGUGCUUGGCACCAAUGUGUUCCCAUCCAUCAGAGGGCAGCCUGUGGGGGCGGAGAGGGAGGAAGCCCAAGGCCCCUCAACAAGGCUCCUCCACAGCUUGGCUGAGAGCAGAACAAGGUGGGUGAAGAGACAAUUCCCCCAUCAGGGUUUUACAUCGCCCACGGUGUCAGUCCUGAGAGUGUCUGUCCCCACGGUGGGCCUUGACAUGGCCCCUGGGCCACCUUACUCAGACAUUCACAAGCACACUACAAACAGAUCCACAGAGACCCAGGCGCCCGGGUCACCCUAACCUGCCAGUCCUGCCUUUGUGUCAGGUCAGAGGCAACCAUCAGGCAGACUCAAGGCCACACCCACACCCAGCUCAGCUUCCGGCAGACAGGGCUGUGUCUAUUCACUGCUCUUCCCUGGGUCUGGUUCCUGCCAGGGGGCCAAAGCAGAGUAGGUCCUCAGUAACCAGGUGUUGAGCACAGGCAGAGCAAUGCAUCAGUUCCCUCUCUGGACUAGGCUCUUUCCGCAGCUGACUCUGUUACCUAAAACUUCCUACCCUGAGUAGGUGAUUUUGUGUCCCCGCUCCCUCACUCAGCUGUGAGCACACAGACGGCAGAAAGACUGCGGCCUCUUUGCAUCAGCGACCUGGACACCUGGCACACACAUGAUAAUACACAUUUCUUGACUGAGAAUAAGUGAAUAUCCACCUAUGAAGGGUUUUCCCUCCCGUGGUCCCCUGGAGGCAAUGGGACAGCCUGGUGGAGGGGGGUUGAAGGGUGGUGGCUCAAGAGUGGAGGAGAGGACGCAGCAAGAAGUGGGCCUCAUAUUUACUGGGUGUUUCCGUAUGCCAGGUGCCCUUUCACUUACUACAACCCCCCACACACACACACACACAUCAUCUUUUGGCAGCCUGAAACAUGCAUCCUUUCCCAGUCCAAUCCACCCCUGCCUCUGAAACCUUCAUCUGACUCCUAGAUUACUCUCAUGGGGUCCAUGUGGCCACUGUGCCUCAGUUUCCAAGCCCCUCCAAGCCCCACCGGGAUUGCUCCUAUCUUUUCAGCCCUGUCUCCAAGGCUAAUCAAAUUACACCCUGAGCUCUGGACAAACUGGUCUACCCAGUGCCCCUUCCCCUCCUCUCUUCUUCUUGUCCCAACCUUACCCCUUCUCUGAGACUGGCCCAGCGUGUUCCUCCUCAAGCCCUCCACAGAGGGCUCCAGCCUUCAGUGGUUCUGCCGUUCUAACUAACUCCUAAGACACACUUGACAAACCCACUAAUUUGCAAGUGCUUACAGUCCCCUUGCUUACUGCAGAACUAACAUGGCAUCCCCUGGCCUUGUGUAACCACGAACGCAAGGUUCUGUGUCCCAGCCGGUCUAGUCGACAGCAAGGUCUUGGGAGCCAGCACAGAACAAGCCUGUUCUGCCUCCAUUUUAGGGAAAGAAGACACACUGUCUAGGGGUUACUCUGACUGCAUCCCAAAAGGAUGAAAGAUGUCAUUUCCAGGUUGCCAUAGUAGCUCUGACAUCACUCAGGGCUUGUGGGAUUAGAGUGUAAACCAAGGCAAGGUUAUUUGCUUUUUUUUCUUUUGCGGGUGGAGAAGUGUAUUGGAAAUAAAGAGUUGUCUUCAGCCCAGCUGGUCCAGGUCUGAUCCGGGUUUAAAAGCCACAGUUCCAUUCUAUACUUUCCAGCACCCUGGUAAAGCCCAGAUCCAAAUUAAGACCUCACGGCAGCCCCCAGAUUGCUUGAGGUUACUGUCCAGUUACAACCUCUCCUAGCCCCUGCUCUACCCAAAAAGGAUACCUGCAUUUUCCUGGCUCCUUACUGUGGAGGAGGGGAGGAGGGAAAGCCAAUCCUUCAAAUUCCAUGCAGAUCUCAGCUCCCCUGUGAAAUAGGUCCUCCCUGAGCCUUCCUCACGAGUCUAUUUCUUCUUCUUGGCCUUGCAACAGUUUUAACUUAAUGGUCUCCUCUCUUACAGGAACAGGGCUAGCAGAAUGGAUUAGACCUAGUCUACAGGGCCCUAGAUUGUUUUUUUAAGGCUGAGACACAAGACUACAGGGAUGCUGUUCAAAGCCCAGGAUUUCUGAAGCUGGGCGUCGGUGGAACAAACUAUCUUCUGAGGUCAGCAGAAGCUGGACAAUGGCAACCUGGAAAGGGGAUCUGGGCAUCAGGGCGGGUCCAACAAGGUGACCAUCGUGGUGUGCAAGAUAGGAAACGGAGGGUGGGGAUCGUGCCUCCGGCAUUCCUAAAAUGCCCAGCCCUGACUGAAUGCCAUCCCCUGCUGAGAGCUGAAGCCUGCCCACUACUUUGGGAGGAAUUGGUCCUUUCAGGCCCUGAGGCCUCCACCAAGAUGUGACCAUGGAUUGAGCCACCUGAAGGUUAAAUAGUUCCACCUCCACCUGACAUAUGAGAGCUGCAUGAUGAGGGUAACAGGUGACUCAGUCAGGAAGGGGCAGAGGAACUAGCCAGGUGGUCCCAAAAAGGGAAGGUGCACCCUGAGUUUGAAGGUCCCUGUGUCCUGUCCUUUCCUGCUCCCACCCAUUGUGAGGAGUCUGGAAGAUUCCUGCCCAAACAGGGCAGGAAACAGAGUAGAGGAGACAACACAGGAUGGCAGGUUAAUUCGUGAGAGGGAGGAGACAGGGGGCUUAACAGUACUUGACCUUGCCACUGGGGAAGGUGGCAAUGUGUGGACUGUACACCCGAUCUCUACUCUGACCCUGACCAACUGUAUUAAAGAGAAAACUCCCCCCGGCCUCUAAGUUUUAAAAAUCCUCUAAAAGAAUACAUAGAUCAAAGCUGCUUUGGAAAGCCAGAAGUCAAAUCCAUUUGUGACUCUGUAUUUUAGUCCUUCUUAGCCCCGGGGACCCACACACGCCCCACUUCUGAAGCAAUCCCAUUCUUUGGAGAGUGAAGUCUCUCGGGCUGAUACAGUGUGGUUAAGGUGCUGUCAGGAAGCGAGGAGACAGAGUGACUCUUAGGGCCCCUUCCAGACGAAGCCGACCCCUUCCAUGUUCCCUCCUCCCCUGUACCUACCCUGUGCUGUGGGACUAGCAAGGAAGCAGCAGGCUUUUGCCGGCCUGGCCAGGAGUUAUUGAAAGGAGCAGAUGAGAGAGGGAAUGUGUCCUCCUCCACCUCCCCUGCCCCACAGGAGCUGUCCAGAAAUGAAAACUAAUCAAAUUACACACGACGGCUUCCCGACCCGUGCACGGGAGCCACCCCGGCAGGGGCAGGCUGGCUGGGUGGGGUGGGGGCACUGGGGAGAGGGAAGGGGAAUCACAUCUAAUCCACUGUAAACGUCUUGAUGUGCAGCAACAGCUUAGAGGGGGGCUCAGGUUUCUGUGGCGUUGGCUAUAUUUAUCUCUGGUUCCAUGCCAGCAGAGAGGGUUUAAAUGGCACCCAGCAGUUGGCGUGAGGGGCUGCAGGAGCUUGAGGGCCAGUGGCAGGAACAAGUCUUUUCCGACUCCAUGGAGCUGUAUGAGACAUCCCCCUACUUCUACCAGGAGCCCCGCUUCUAUGACGGGGAAAACUACCUGCCUGUCCACCUCCAGGGCUUUGAGCCACCCGGCUAUGAGCGGACUGAGCUCGGCCUGAGCCCCGAGACCCGAGGGCCCCUAGAAGAUAAGGGCCUGGGGACCCCCGAGCACUGUCCAGGCCAGUGCCUGCCGUGGGCGUGUAAGGUGUGUAAAAGGAAGUCAGUGUCCGUGGACCGGCGGAGGGCGGCCACACUGAGGGAGAAGCGCAGGCUCAAGAAGGUGAACGAGGCCUUUGAGGCCCUGAAGAGGAGCACCCUGCUCAACCCCAACCAGCGGCUGCCCAAGGUGGAGAUCCUGCGCAGCGCCAUCCAGUACAUCGAGCGCCUGCAGGCCCUGCUCAGCUCCCUCAACCAGGAGGAGCGCGACCUGCGCUACGGAGGCGGGGGUGGGCCGCAGCCUGCGGUGCCCAGUGAAUGCAGUUCCCACAGCGCCUCCUGCAGUCCAGAGUGGGGCAGCGCACUGGAGUUCAGCCCCAACCCCAGCGAUCAUCUGCUGGCUUCUGACCCUACCGAUGCCCACAAUCUGCACUCCCUCACCUCCAUCGUGGACAGCAUCACAGUGGAGGAUGUAUCUGUGGCCUUCCCAGACGAAACUAUCCCUAACUGAGAUGGUCUGCCAGGCUGGGUGUUUUCGUGAGCCCCUGAGCUGGCCACAGAUGCCACCACUUCUGUGGCAGGGGCCUCCUCCAGUUAGGCUCUCUUGAUGCCAGGAAGAUAACCCUUGGCUGCCAUAGGCCAGAUUGUCCCCCUCCUCGUCCAUUUAAGUUUAACGCACUGCUCAGCACAGGAAUGGGUGCCUUCAUUUAGCUGACUCCUUAAAGCAGAGGCAUCCCCUUUCCAAGGAGAUAAAGGAGGGCCAGAGCGACCCCUUGUGGAUGCCCCCCUCCCCAGGGGGCAAACUCAGGAGUUUCCUUUUUAUCACAAUGUAGCCUCUAACGCCAACCUCUAAAUGAAACCGUUUGAGAGACAAAGACAGUGUCCUUACCUGGAUAAGCGCACACAUCUGUUCUGGUCUCUCCCUGAUGCCAGUGGCUGGGCUGGGCCUGCCCUGAGUUGAGAGAAAAGAAAGGGAGAGAAACGAUCCUCUGUCCCCAAGACCCUGGAGGCCAAGCCUUUGCAGUUCAUAUUGGGAACCUUCCAGUGGUUUUUUAUGUUUUGUUUUGUUUUGUUUUGUGUGUUGUUUGUAAAGCUGCCAUCUGACCAAGGUCUCUUGUGCUGAAGAUGCAAGGGACAGGCAGGGGGAAAGGGGGUGGGUCUUGGGGUGAUUUCUUUUGUUAACUAAGCAUUGUGUGGUUUUGCCAUUAUUUUGUAUUUUUUUGCUAACUUAUUUGGAUUUCCUUUUUUAAAAAAUGAAUAAAGACUGGUUGCUAGAAGAGUGUCUGAGAUGAUGACGGUUAGAAUGAAUGACAGCCCCGACCCGUCCCACUUGAAGGUCCAGACACACUGCAGGUGCCGGGCUUCCAAGAAUUCCAAAGGUUGGCAUGGGUGGGCUCCAAAAGUAUCAAGGCAUCAUCUUGGGACAGUGACCAGGCACCGGGGAGCCCCGCUCUUUUGACCAUUACAGUGGAGUCAAAGUGGGUCUGACACAUUACGUGGAUGUGACCAGGUUCCACAGGAAUCUGACAGGACAGAGGAAAGCCUGCUGCGUGCCCCACCGCACACUAAUUCACACUGCUCACAAUCUGCUGCAUUCCAACCUAUCGCCCACAGGCCCCUUGGCCUCCAAUUCACUGAGCAUGGCUGCAUGCCCUGUGCUCGGCCCACUCCCGGGGCCAGGGGUGUAGAGCUGGAUUUAUGGGGGUCUUCUCCCUAAUUGCUGGCUUUCUCCUGGUUCCACAUUACAA